CGGAGGCCCACGAGGCCCACGAGGUCACAAAUAGAUUCCAGUCGUCGAGACGACGCUAGCAGCGGGCUAGCAGCGGGCAGCCUCACAUCGCUUUCAAUCUCAUGCUGAAACUACCUAGGCAUGGGGAGAUAGUCAGCUAUGUCACAUCGCGAUGGCUCUGUCGCCAUCGCGUCUUUCCACAUCCGCUCCCUCGAAUGGCCGCGCCUCUGGACCGGCGGCCAGCCCCUCAAUCUCGAUGUGUCGCGCAAUGAGUAUCGACGUCUCAAGGAGAAGCACUGUCGCAGGCCAGAUGGAUCUUGGAUCGCCCAGCUUGAACCUUCGACUUCAGCGUCCGCCGGUGGCUCACGGCGAGCAGCCAGUGGUGGGCUCAAGACAAUCGAUGCCCAUCCUCUGGGAGAUGACGAUGAUAACCCAUGGAAGCACCACUACGCCUCUCUCGCCGCAUUGGACCAGAUCUUGCUCGACCUCUCGCGCCUUCAACCUGACAAUCCAGCCGACGUCGACGAAGUAGCUCUAGCUCGCAUCCUGUUUGUGUGGGCAAUGGAGCACCAAGAAGGCGGAGGGUACAGGCAAGGCAUGCACGAAAUCUCCUAUGCACUCUACGUCGUACGGCAGCGCGACUCGGGCCCUCUCCAGGAUGCGCAGCACGUAGAAGAUGAUGCGUACUCCCUCUUCUCCCACCUGAUGGAACAUGUCGCCCCGCUCUUCUACUCUCCCACCUCGAUGGCCCAGCAAACUGAAGCUGUCCGAUCCUCGCUCCUUCGAGUAGACCCUGCGCUGUAUGCCCACUUGAAGGCUAUUGAAGUGGAGCCGCAGCUCUUCCUCUUGAGGUGGCUGCGCUUACUGUUCCUGAGGGAGAUGGCCCUGCAGCACUGCCUCGAGAUGUGGGACGCAAUCUUCGCGGCAGCGGCAACGCCAACGGCAGCCGGCGAGGCCUUUGACUUGGGUGGAAUAGUGCAGUGGACCUGCGUAGCUGCUCUGCUGCGGAUGAGGGGCACUCUACUCGCCUGUGAGCAAAGCGAGGCGCUCGUGACGCUGAUGAGGGAGUGGGAGAUGCCGCCCCUGGAGCAGGCGACGGGAAACAUCGACGGUAGAGGUACGAGCGGACAAAUGGGCUCUGCACCGCACUACUCUGGCAUGCUAGUUCAACAAGCCAACCUCCUCAAGUCACGUCCGACACCAGCCACGGGCGUAGAAUGCGCGGUGCAGAAUCAGGAUAUUCUUGGUAUCCCACUGCGGCACGCUUCAGCUCCCAGCGAAGAGGGAGUUGAGGAUGAUGCGCGCACCACAUUCAGCGCUCGCCCUAGCUCAGCAGGUAUGAUUUCCUCCCCUUCGGGAGGGGCCUUCAGCUCUGCCUCCCUCUCACGAGCAGCCUUUGCAGGAGCGCAGAAGACGGCGCAGUGGGCUUAUCAAAGCGCCACGACUCGUAUGGCCGCUGCUACUGCCGCCAACAGAUCGUCGUCAGACCGAGCAGGUUUCCCUAGCGGUUGGAACUUAGACGACGUGGAGGCUAGGAGGCUGAGGAGGGGCAGAACGGGGGACACGACGGUCAGUGAGGGGCGUAAUGUGCCACAGGUCGAGGGUGACAAUGAGGUGGAUUACGUUGAAAGGGAUCGAAGACUUGUUCUUGCGCUGAAUGGCGUCGUUGCGAGAAUCGAGAGCAAAGCCGACAGAGGAGCGUCGUCAUCAGCAGCAGGCCCUGACCCAGCACUGCUAGCGCUGAAAGGGGUGCGAGACAUCCUGGCAGGCAGGAAAGAUGCAUCAGACCUCAGUUGGAUCGAGAAGGUCGGAAUGGAUGGGGUGAAAGGCGAAGGAGAGAGACCAAAAUCACCAUCACCAACUGCGAGCCAGGAUCCGGCUUCAUCGGGCCCGACCUCCCCAUGCCCUCCCCCUUCUGCAUCACCGCCCUCCAAAGCACAAAUACCCUCAGCGCCCAAAUCGGCUCAUCGAGCCUUCGCACGCCUGCCUUCUCCAACGCGACAUCCGCCAGAUAGACCUGUUCUGGUCGAUGAUCCAUUGGGUGCUCUUGGCGGGUGAGGUAGGCUGCUGACGUAAUCGUAUCAAUAUUUGCCGGCUCAGUCCGCCCUCGUUGUGGCGCAG